AUGUCCGCCAUCCGAGCCCCCAACCACCCAUCUAUCCUGACUGGUUUAUUUGAGCCUACCAACGAGUCUCUACCCGAUUCUCAACGCGGAAAUCAGUACGGGGUGUUGACCACCCCAAGCUUUUUCCAGUGUGCUGGAUACCUAAACUCCGAACCAACCGACUUCGAGGUCAACUUAAUUACCAACACUGCGCUCAACAACAUCCUUGAGGUGGGAGCAUUAUAUCUCAUCAGCGGUCGGUUCAUAGCUCUCAAUGACGGCUCAACUCCAACUCUCAGCUACAACCAUGAUACAAUUGUCAGAGUCGCCCGUGUUGGCUCGGCAGGUCCCGAAGUGACAAACAGGACAUCAGCCGUAACACUCGGUCAUGUAGUUGAGAGGGCUGAAGUCUUAAGUGGAGAAUCCGAGGGUGGCCCUCGACUUGAAGUUAUCGUUGCACAUAAUGACUGGGAUGCGAUUGCAAGGACCCAUCGCCGCUUUCUUGCCAAGUACAUCAUUCCUGGAACAAAAAACUUCAUCAAGACACACACCCUCUACCAAGUUGGUAGAGAAAUUCAACUUCUUGGCCAUUUGGUCGACUUUGAGUUAGAGCGCCACAUGGCUGUUUUUGCAGUCCAUUCUGUCAGUCUCACUUCAGGACACCAAUUAGGCCGCCAAGCUGCUUGUCCAUCGCCGUCAGGUAGCGCAUCUCCUCGGAAUGGGCGAAGAUUCGUCAAGUUCGGGUCUCAACCAGUCCCGCCAGCAGCUCAACCACCCUGCCAACCUCACGUUGACGGUGGAACCUCAUCCACAUCACUUGCUCAGAACAGCAAAGGAAAGCAAAAAGCAAGUUCAAAUUCAGACAUCAACGAUAGUGAUUCUGAUCAGGACGAAACUACGGUUCCGGAUUCAUCCAGCCAAACCAGCUUACCCAACAUCACAAAGAGAGGCCGACCCCGCAAGAAUAUUCUCCAGGAGGCCGCUAAACGAAUGAAGCGGACUUGA